CCUCAUGCAUGAGUAAUAAAGCUUCUCCUGACCUCACCAUUCCUGAAGUACCACUUGUUCUUCCUCUGCCUGGGGAAAAGGCUAGAAUUUACUUCUACAACACUGCCACCCUCACAUCCCAUCCAGGGAAGCCCCGAAGACUCAACACAUCUACGUUUAGAGAGAGAUUUUAGAAUGGAAUUAAGGUUAAGUGAGAUCAUAAAGGGCAGCGUCAUGGGGACGCCAGCAGCAGCAGCAGUAGCAGCAGCAGCAGCAGCAGCAGCAGAACCUGAAGGAGAAGCCGAAGCAGAAGCAGAGAACGCCAGAGAGCCCAGACAGAGUGAAGACUUGCUGGGGGCUGGGAGGUCUGCCAGCCUCCCAGCCCCCCAGCCAGCACCCCUGCCUGCCAUAUGCCUGGUGAACCCAAAUAAAAAACCUGCAAAACUACUGAGGACUCUGACUCCUCCUUUACCCGGUCUGCAUGGGAUCAGAAAACCUGCACCGUGUCCAAGUCCUGCCCUUACAAUGGGCGUAAGUCGGCAGGAUCCAUGUAGACGGGUAUUGGAGCCCUCCGAAGACCUGGAGGGACUAAGGAGAACAGACUGUUUGCCUGUGAUGACGCUGGAGGCGCCAUGGCGGCACAGAAGUUGGAUACGGUCCGGAGCUGUGGGACGAGACCUCGCAUGGAGGAGACGCCCGAGAGGACCAGCCAACGACACCGGAAAGGACCAGCCAAUGACCCCUGAGGCAGCAGGCCGUUGCUGAAGCAGGGAGAGGCCAAUGGACUGAUAGACUGAUGAACUGAUGAUCUUGGACUGACAAUCCCGCCAGAAGGCAGAGGACCUUGGCAGGUUAUGUUUUUUUUUUUUUUGAGAAUCUGGGGGUGGCCAGUGGGCCUUGAUGGCCAAAAGCAGCCUGUGCAUGCCCAGCAGCCAGGUGGAGGAGAAAAGCCAACUAAGAAGGCAAAAGCUGGUGCUGAUGCUAAGUUGAGAAGACCUGAGCGGCUGUUAAGCAGCCUGGGUAUGCUGAAGAACUGUGAGUCUCGUAAAAUCACCUGUGGGUGAUGCCCUGCUCAUUCUUGAGUGAGGGUGAGGAGCUGAGGAACCUGUCCUUGGGGGACGGGUGGGGAACGUGGCUUGGGGUGGAGCCCAAGCCGAAUGCAGAGUUUGGAUCCCUGACCCAUGUGCUUGUGCAGUGGGUUGGCUUGAGUGCAGGGGUCUGUGAGUCGCAUGGGUGGCUAUGAAGGCCGAGUGUUGGAGCGACUGCAGACAGAAACCCUGAGGGUUGGCGAUUACCCCCAACAGAAUAAAAUUGCCAAUCCCAGAGCUAGUGCAUCCUGGGGGUGGAUGCUGUGUGUGCCUUGUAGCCGAGACUACAGCCAGAGAAGGCCAGGAAGCCUGACGGCUCCUGGUGUGUCAUAGCAGAUGCCGUGAGUGAUUCCCCUCCCUCGUAUGAGCAGUGCCUUCGGCAGCAGAUUUGGUGGCUCAUCUGCUGGUACCAAUAAUUGUCUUUUGCACUUGGUUGGUGCCCUGCCUGGACUUAUUUGUGUUCUGUUGUAUUUUGUUAUAUUGUAUUUUGUUAUAUUUGAUGCAUUUGCUUUUGUGGGCCAUGGCUGCAUUGUUUGUUUGCUUAGAAAAUUGUAUAUAUAUGUAUAGACUGUAUGGCAGAAAACCCUGAGGGGGUGGACUGUAGGGUAAAGAAAGUAUCAGGCUUUUCUGCCCUUCCGCCAUCAGGAUAGAUGAUGGAUCCUUGUUCUGAAUGCAUGCCUGAUGGCGGGCACCUGGAAUAGGGUGUGGGCAUAGGUAGAUGGGAUUCAGCUGAGCUAAGACUGUGCUUUUAAGGGCGGCGUCACGGGGACGCCAGCAGCAGCAGCAGCAGCAGCAGCAGCAGCAGCAGCA